AUGGCAGCAGAUGCUUUGAGUCGACGAAUGUCAGGGCAACCAUGGAAAGAUGGAGACGGCAGCACAUGGUCUGUUAGUGAAGAUUGGGAAUCGGCACAUGGCUUAGUAAAUGACUUACUGCAUCUCGACGAUACUGACACAACGAUUACAGAGCUCAAGUCACACUUCGUAAACGAACCCUUGUUCAUGGAGGUAAUAGAGGCCAUACAUAACCUUGAUAGCGCCAAGUCAGAGCAAGAUCGUAGACGGGCACGGCAUAGGGCACUGGGGUAUAGCAUCGAAGAAGGACGCCUUUGGCGUAUCGUGGAUGGCAAGUCUAUUAGGGCACGACCACGGUUAGAGUGCAUGUCGCAAGCAGAAGCAACGGAGAUGGCUAGACAAGAACACACCAACAACAGACAUUGGGGUCGCGACCUCACCAAGCUCAAGCUAAUGGACCAUAUAUAUCACACACGUGGCCAGACCAUUUCGACAACACGAUUAGGCACCUUAAUGAACGCAUCAUCCCCGUGUUCCAAUAUUCACCUAAGGAGCUGUUACUGGGGCUAG